GUUGUCUUCUUGCCGUGUCGUCAAACUGUCAAAUCAGCUAGCUAGCUGCUCUGGAGUGUUCUACUGUGGCUCAUUGUUCUAGGAUUAUUAUUAAAGACUAUUACAAAGAAUGAGAAGAGUUACUCUUUUUGUGAACGGGACGUCCAAAAAUGGCAAGGUGCGUACAGUUAGUUUAGCUAUUGGGCUAACGAUAGCUAACUGUAAGGUAAGACUAGCAAUGUAAUGUAAUGCGGUCCGUAGCUUCGAUGCAACUAAGCGAGUUUGUAACAGCCAAAUGUCCCAACAAACUCGCAUAGUUGCAUCAAAGCUAUGCGGCCCUUAUAAUUUGUGUAGCUAGUUUACUUUGCGCGCUAACGCUAGCUAUUUAAUAUGAUAGGUUGUUUGGCAUUACGAACAAACGUAGCUAUCUGCUAACUAAUUUCCUAGUUAGCUAUCUGGCUACAUUAAAGGUAGACUCAGAAAUAUGACAUCAUCAUUCAAAAUGUGGCCACUUCCUUACAGACGUCAACAACAGUGUUUUCAAACCAACAACAUUUAAACCUGUGACCCACCAUUGCCUCUUAACAAUGUUGGUAUGUUUCAAGGGAGGGGGCACAUUCGGAAGAACUGGUGCCAGUCUUGGUAGAUUUUAACUUUGUUGUUGACAUAUGUAUAUAAGCAGUUGUCCAACUAUUACAUUUUAGGGCACAUCGACAGAUUUUUCACCUAGUCGGCUCGGGGAUUAGAACCAGCGACCUUUCGGUUACUGGCACAACGCUCUUAACCACUAAGCUACCUGCCGCCCCAAUAUAUUAUCAUGUCAUAUUGCUGAGUCUACCUUUAAGUUUGCUAGCAAGAGAGAAUGGGUUUACCCAAAUCAGUCUUUUUUGUGUGACAAUAACUCUGUUUUCCUUCAUUAGGUUGUAGCUGUGUAUGGGACCUUGGCUGACCUGUUGUCUGUAGCAAGCAAUAAAUUGGGAAUCAAAGCCUGUAAUUUAUACAAUGGAAAAGGUGGUCUUAUAGAUGACAUAGCACUCAUCAGGUAGGGUACAUUUCCUUCAACACUUUGUAGUUUCAUGUACUUGGAAUGUCCUUACUCAGGCCAAUAUUACAUAUUCAUUUCUCUACUAUUCCUUAUUAUAGGGAUGAUGAUGUUUUGUAUGUCUCAGAGGGAGAACCCUUUGUUGGUGAGUUUGUGUCCUCUAAAUCUUUCCUAGUCUUUGCAAACCAUUUGGUUCUGAAGAAUGAGGUGGUGAGUUAUCCCUCUGAAUAAUGUUAUUAUCUUAGACCCACAGAAUGAUGUCAGGGCUACAGACGGCCUGCCUAGGGCACACACAGAUUGGCUGACCCUUAAUAUUGGGGGGCGUCUCUUCACCACCACACGGUAAGCAAUGGAGGAGUUGUUUCUAAUGUCUGUGAACAUCAAAAGUCACAUAGGAAUAUCUCUGUUAGUAUUAUUGCCAUCCACUUUAUUAUUUGGUCACGUUUUUCCUCAAAAUUAUGGUCCUUUUUACAGGAGCACCUUGGUCAGCAAGGAGCCAGAGAGCAUGCUUGCUCAUAUGUUCCGGGAGAAGGGUAAACAGUAAUUAAGUUUGUCACAUCUAACACUGCUGACCUUAUACAAGAUACCUUUUCUGUUGUAAUUUACCCAUAAUGAUGGCCUCUCUUUGCUCUGCAGAUGUAUGGGGUAACAAGCAGGAUGAACGUGGGGCUUACCUGAUUGACCGCAGCCCAGAAUACUUCGAGCCUAUUCUUAAUUACCUGCGACAUGGCCAGCUCAUUAUCAAUGAAGGAAUCAAUUUACUUGGUAUGUAUGGCAUUUACAGGCGGCGCAUUAUCUUUAUUCUACAAUAAAGCUCACAGAUUAAUGAUAUCACUUCAGUUGUACAUGUUGACUACAGUAUUUAUAUUUCUGAAAUCUUGACAACAUAUUGGCUUUAAUCAGUAAAUCUAAUCUGGGUUUCAGGGGUUUUGGAGGAGGCUAAAUUCUUUGGAAUUGAGCAGCUGGCUGAGCAGUUGGAAGUAGCAAUAAAGGUGAAGAACUCAUGGCCUUAUGGAUGACAAGCAAGCUCCAUAUUUCAAAUGAUUUAUUUAAUUUCGUCACUGGAUAUUAAUCCAUGUCACCACAUGCUUUUCUCCAGAAUAACCAGCCACCUGAGGACCACUCUCCCAUCUCUCGCAAGGAGUUUGUUCGGUUUCUGCUGGCUACACCCACCAAAUCAGAGCUCCGCUGUCAGGUAAAACAACACAUUUUCUACAAGGCCAACACCCUGUUGAACAUUAGAUACAGUUUACCUAACAUAUGUGAACGUGAUAAAUAAUACCUCUCUCCAUCCAAAAGGGACUUAAUUUCAGUGGUGCUGAUCUCUCUCGCCUUGACUUGCGCUACAUCAACUUCAAGAUGGCCAACCUGAGUCGCUGCAACCUGACACAUGCCAACCUAUGCUGUUCAAACCUGGAGCGGGCUGACCUCUCUGGGGCCAACCUCGAUGUAAAUCCAUUAGCUCCUUCAUUAGCUUAUGAAACCUACCUGUUACAGCGUGUCAACAUUUGAGAAAUUAGCAGUAUUUUGAGGGGACUGAUUUUGUCUUUCUGUUUUAGGGUGCUAACUUGCAGGGUGUAAAAAUGCUCUGUUCAAAUGCUGAGGGGGCGUCUCUCAAAGGAUGCAAUUUUGAGGACCCGUCUGGACUAAAGGCCAACUUGGAGGGUAAACUGUAAUUUAUUUGUAUUAUAAGAGGGAUGAGAAAUAUGGAACUGGAAACACUUGUAUAACCUCUGGUGUUGAACAUCUAAUGUCUGUCUCAUUAGGUGCCAAUCUGAAAGGGGUCGACAUGGAGGGAAGUCAGAUGACUGGAAUUAAUCUGCGUGUGUCCACUCUAAAAAAUGCUAAACUGAAGAACUGUAACCUACGGGGUGCCACUUUGGCAGGAACUGAUCUUGAGGUAAGCAGAGGGCAUUUAAGAGGAUUAACCUUGAGACAAAAAUAUCAAGUAAAUCUGAAACAAAUGAGAUCAGACAGCUCUUGUAAUCAUUUUGUUUGUUGUUGGAGGUUUAUCAGAUACCAUAAAGUUGCAUCCAUCCUAAGAUAACUGUUUUAUUACUGUGACAUCUAAGGUUAUUGUCAAGAAUACUGACUGGUUAGUACCAAGAAUACUGACAGUUUUGUUUUACUCCUCACAGAAUUGUGAUCUGUCUGGCUGUGACUUACAAGAGGCCAACUUGAGAGGGUCCAAUGUGAAGGGGGCCAUUUUUGAAGAAAUGCUGACUGCAUUGCACAUGUCUCAGAGUGUCAGAUGACUCUCCUGCACAACCCUGCACAUUCCACCUGGAUUCAGGCUGGUUAAUCUCAUGGAUGCCUGGCAACGAUGUUAUUAUGCCAGCAAAUCCCACCCACCCCUACUAUCAAGCUUUCUGGACCCUUAUGCAAUACAUACAUUUUUAUGCACAUCCCACAUCCCUUCCACCUGAUAUACUAGCUUUAAAUCUCUUGCACUAGAGCACAUCCAGGGUUAUCCAUUUAUGUUAUGUAGUGGAAGGUUUUAAAUGUCUGACUGUCUUUCCUUAUUUUUUUCCCAAAACCAAAAUAUUGAAUGUUCUUUAUGUAUGUUUACUAUUACGUUUUUUUUUUUUUAUUAUUUCAAGAUGUGUGUAUGUAUAUAUAUUUCUUGAUUAUUUAACACGGUUCUGUAAGUCAAAGAUUAUCAAACUAUAAGUCCAUGAAAGUUGAAAGUAAAAAUGUAAGGGCCUCAACCAAGACUGUGGUAUAGCAUAAGUGGGAGGUGGCAUGGUGUGACUGUACAUUCUUAUCAAUGUACUUAGUUUAAUUGCCAGAUAUGCUUUAUGUUUAGGAUGUUUAUUUUCUAAGUCAAAGCCAUACCGUAGCAUGGUGAAAAUGGCAUAAUAAUUUGCUGUUAUUGCACCACACAAUUAUGCUGUGGAUUUCAUUUUUCAUAUAAGACUGUGUGUGUUGAACUGUAUUCAACAGAAUUUCAAGUAUGCAAUGUACUCUUUCCUUGCUGCCUGUUUUUGGUGUUCUCUGUGAAUCUACCUCCUUAUUUUUACCACUGUCUGAUUGAUCUCUAGUCUAGUUGCAUGCAUUUCACUGUGGUUUUUGCCUCUUGUUGUAUGAAAUCCAUUAUUCAUCAUAUCCAAAUAUGAUAAGCAAUUUAUCGAAGUGAAUGUGUGUUUUAAUUGUGUUACUGUCAUGUUCAAGCUUGUGUAGCACCUAGUUGUAAGAGGAAGAUAGUUGUAUAACAACACUCCCGUCAAGGAGACAACAACCAAUGAACAGGGCAUUUCAUUCAGUCAUGUAUUGACAUUUUGCUUUGCAACUUCUGUUUUA